CUUUUGAUAUCUUCGGCAAUGUCCCGACCCCUGUUUCUGAACUUUUUCGACGGCUGAGUGGUUAUUGAGGUCGGGUUAGCAAAUACAGUCUUGCCAUUCUCGUGACCCAAAGUUUGGGUGGUUGGAGGCUUGUGAUUUUUUGCAAUUCGCAAUAUAAUACCACGGUAGCUCGGAGGCCGGGUGUUGCACAGUGGAGUCAAGCAUUUACGUACCCGUGACAUCGUUAGCUCUAGUGACAUACUGCGCACGAUACCUCCAACAACGUCUACGUCUAUGGGGAGGAUGACGUCAACAACGACAGCUCAGUCCCAGGUGUCUCCCCCGCACCCACAGCGCCACCUAAGCCGGACCCUGUCAAAGUCCUGACAGUUCGUCAUGUGGACCUGAAGGUUCCGGCUAACACAAAGGCUCACAGAACUGACGAGUAUGACAUCUGUGGCUCACACCAGGAGAAACCGAAGCUCGUGGUCAGGAGGGGUCAACCUUUCAACAUUGAGCUGGAAUUCUCCAAACCGUAUGACAGCAAAGCAGAUGAUCUUCGCAUCGUUUUUGAAGCUGGUGAAAACCCUUCCCCUACUAAAGGAACCGACGUGCAGUUCAUACUUUCUGAUGUGGACAAACCCAAGGAAUGGGGCGCUAAGAUCCUGAGACAACAGGGAAAUACAUUGACGGUUACUUUGUUCACCCCACCCACCUGCUACGUGGGCAAGUGGAAUCUCAAGUUGGACGUGGUCAAGAAAGACAACAGCGAUGUGAACAUCUAUCGCUACGAGCACAAGGCCCCUAUCUACAUUCUGUUUAACCCGUGGUGCAGAGAUGAUACAGUGUUUCUGGAUGACGAGCGACUGUUGCAGGAGUACGUGCUCAACGAGAGCGGCAAGAUCUACUCCGGCAAUAGCAGACAGAUCACCAGCAAACCCUGGAACUUUGGACAGUUCGAAAGCUGCGUGCUAGAUGUGGCUAUGUACCUCCUAGACUCCAACAAUAUCCAGUGGCCUGUUCGAGGAAACGCGAUCAAUGUUGUCAGGAAAAUCUCCGCCGUGGUCAAUGAGCAAGACGAUUACGGUGUGCUGGUGGGCAACUGGUCAGGUGACUAUAGCGAUGGUGAUUCCCCUCUCAGCUGGACCGGCUCUGUGGCCAUCUUGGAGUCGUACUGGGACAGCAAGCGGCCGGUUCGCUACGGACAAUGUUGGGUCUUCUCCGGUCUCUGUACCACGAUCGCCCGAGCUCUGGGAAUUCCCUCAAGAAGUGUGACCAACUUUGCCUCAGCGCACGACACGGACGGUUCCAUCACCAUCGACACAGUGCUGGGCGGCUUCGGGGAGGAGGUAGAGGAGUCGUCGGACAGUGUCUGGAAUUUCCACGUGUGGAAUGAGGCAUGGAUGGCAAGACCGGAUCUUCCCGCAGGUUUCGGGGGCUGGCAGUCAUUUGACGCUACACCACAGGAAACAUCUGAUGGUGUCUUCUGUUGCGGACCUACUGCAGUGUCAGCCAUCAAACAAGGGGAGGUAAACAUGCCGUACGACGCCCCGUUCGUGUUUGCGGAAGUGAACGCCGAUCGCGUUUACUGGUACUCUGGCUUCGAUGGGGAGUUAUCUGUCAUCGCGAAAGAGAAGAGCGCGAUCUGUUGCCGAGAGAGCUGCUGUCCGUAGGGCCAACCAGCUGGCUUCUACCAAGGACGACGUGUACGAGACAACGGCCAAGGACGUUAAUUUCGAAGUGGUACAAGAUGCAGCCAAUACAUGGGUCGGUGAAGACUUCAAAGUGUCGCUCAAACUCACCAACAAAAGUGACGCAGAGCGCACAGUGAGCGGCCGACUUGUCGUCAAGACAAUGUUCUACACCGGCGUGCUCGCUGACAAAAUUGUCUCUGUCCCCUUCAAGAACAAGGUCCUGAAAAAAGGAGAAUACGAUGUUGUACCAGUAAUUGUGAAACCACAAGAUUACUUGGAGAAACUCAAGGACUGCUGUAUGCUGGACGUGUCUGUGUGGGCCUCGGUGAAAGAGACCAACCAAUGCUUUGUCACCAAAAGCGACUGCAGGCUAAAGAAACCACAUCUCAAUGUCAAGGCACCAAAAGAAGCUGUCAAGGGCAAAGAAUUCAAAGUGGAAAUUUCCUUCACAAACCCUCUGGACACAACUCUAACUGAGUGCCAGGUUACAGUCGAUGGUCUCGCCAGAUCUCUGCGCUUCCCACAAGGGAGCGUUGGCGCUAAUAGCACUUUUGUCGCCACCCUUCCCAUCACGCCAGCCAAGCUGGGCCUGAAGGAGAUGAUCUUUUGCUUCAGCUCGAAGCAACUGGAGGACAUCAACGCCUCCAAGCGGAUCUUUGUGCGCUCCAGAGAUGUCUAAGUUACGUCACAGAGAUAUCCCAUUCACGUCACGUAGAUGUCUAAGUCACGUCACGAAGAUGUCUAAGUCACCUGAAACCAUGUAUCUCUGGCGAGGUGGAGAAGCCAAAUUGUCCCUGAUAAAAAUUUAAUCUUAAAUUUCAGGAUGAAACAUGAAGAUUUUCCGAAUUCAUCCCUAUGGUAUUUUAUCGUUUUACUAUAUUAUUGUCAAAUAGUUUGUUAUUGCAUUUUUGGAGUAGUUUACUUUGGGGUUUUUUUAUUUUCGUUUCAUGCAAUAGUAAAGUUAGUGUUUCUGCAACUAUAUAUCCGUGCUCCGCAAAUGAAACACAUUCCGAAUUUCCUUGUUAAGUUUUGUUUGUUUGUUUGUUUUGAACAUAACAGAUUCAAUGACAGGCCUUUGGAAGCUCGCUUUUGUCCUACUUCUCACAACGUAAAUCUGUAUCUCCCAUAGUAUAUGGCCAUUGUCGAGUUUGCAACAAUAUUAUAAACUCCUCAAUAUCGUGUUGCAAAUUCUGUAGCGAUAGCAUUUCUCGUCUUUUCACGUGUGAUAAAUCUUAGUUCAGUGCCUUAUUCAUUUUUGCACCCGUUUAGGCGUUAAUACUUUUCAGCAAAGUUAU